AUGGAAGCUAAGGAUCCAUUAUCAUUUUCUUCUGUCAAGCCUGAAAAUGAAAAUUGUAUGGAUAACCCAAGUUCAGUUACAGAUCAUAAUGAUGGCUCAUUGCUGUUAGGCCCAUCAGUUAAGGUCGAGGUCAAGGCUGACCCAGAAGAUUAUGAGUUUGGUGAAAUGGCAGACAGUGAGAAGGAGUCAGUGAUUAGUGACGAAGAAGAAAGCAAGAAAAUAAUUGUGGAAGUUUGUAGACCUAAAGAAGAGAAACGGUUCACUUGUACAGAAUGUGGAAGUGGCUUUGCAAAAGCACAUAACCUCAAAGUACACAUGAGAACUCAUACUGGAGAGAAACCUUACACCUGUGCUGAAUGUCAGAGGAGCUUACCAACUAGAUAG